AGCUGCUAGCAACAUGCUGUUUUCUGUUGAUUACUUCUGCAAAGGUACCCCGCAGUUAAAAAUUAUAAGCGUUAAAGCCAUCAACUUAAUUUGCAUGGAAUAGAAAGGUGCAAAAGAGGUUUUAAAAGAGGGUGCUAACUUGGAUCAAGGCAAUGGGAAAGUACUAAAGGCUUGGGAACCUUAUUUCCUAAUAUAGGCCUCGUUAUUUUGUCGACGAGACGUUUUCCCGGGAAAUUUCCGCUGAACUUUCUUCUCCCUGUAAUGGCGUUCGACAGAAGCUCUCCGGCGAGAUGCUUUUUCACGCCACCGUCUACUUGGAAAUCAAGGCCGGUCCCACCGUCGACGCCAAUUUCAGAAAAGAAGAGAACAUCGCAGUCGGCUAACAAAGGUGAUCUUUUCCAUGUUAUUCACAAGGUGCCUGCUGGUGACUCACCCUACGUUAAGGCCAAGCAUGUUCAGUUGGUGGAUAAGGAUCCAGGAAGGGCAAUAUCUAUGUUCUGGGGAGCCAUAAAUGCUGGAGAUCGUGUGGAGAGUGCAUUGAAGGACAUGGCGUUAGUGAUGAAACAGUUGAAUCGAUCUGAUGAGGCCAUUGAAGCUAUCAAAUCUUUCCGUCAUCUCUGUCCUUCUGAUUCUCAGGAAUCUCUGGAUAACAUCUUAGUUGAACUCUACAAGAGAUCAGGAAGGAUUGACGAAGAGAUUGCAAUGCUUCAACAGAAACUGAAGAAGAUUGAAGAUGGUGUUACUUUUGUUGGAAAGAGAACAAAACAAGCAAGAUCUCAAGGGAAGAAGGUUCAUAUAACUGUUGAACAGGAGAUAUCAAGGAUAUUGGGAAACCUUGCCUGGGCUUACAUGCAAAAAGGUGAUUACAAAAGUGCUGAAGAACAUUACAGAAAAGCACUGUCUUUUGAGCCUGAUAGGAACAAGCAGUGCAACCUAGCAAUAUGCUUGAUGCAAAUGAACAAUAUCACAGAAGCAAAGUUUCUGCUUCAGGCAGUAAGUGCCGCCUAUAAGAACAGAAAGAUUGAUGACUCUUUUGCUAAAUCUUAUGAACGUGCUUCCCAGAUUCUAACUGAGAUAGAGUCACAGUCAAAGUCACAGUCACAGCGACUGUUUCGACUAGUAGUAGACAAGGAGUGUAAAGAAAAGCCUCUGGAGCAAACCCAAAACUCCAUUGAUGAACAGAAAAAAGGUUCUUACUUUGAAAGUUCAUCUGGGAAAAGGUCUGGAAGGGUUCAUAACGUUCUUCCUCCUCAUACAGAACCAAAAAAAUGUUCAUGGGUCUUCAACAAUAUUGGCUGUCAAGGAAGGGAAAUCUGGGGUGAUGUCAAUUCAAUUAGAAGAUCUCCUUAUGAGAUGUGUGAUAACACAGCGUUUGUGAAGUUUCCAGGAAAGGUCAAACAUGGAGCAAACGAAUCUGCAAGUUGUGCUGUUGACACACAGAAAAAUAAUCAGUGUUCUGGUCUGUGUGCUGCAAAUUCUGCUGUUGUUGGAAAUGGGAAGUCAUUAUUGUUGAAUAAAAGCUGGGCAGAUAUGGUGGAAGAAGAUGAAGAAGAGUUAUAUAGUGGAGGGUACACAACUUUUGAGGGUGGUGAUCAAGCUGAUGAUGACAAUGAAGAAGUGUUCAAUGAUGAAAAUUGGAACAUGAACAUAAUUUGCCAAAAGCUUGGACCACUGGACCCCAAAGAUGAUGGAUCUGAAUCUGGGGAAGUCUUCUGGCCGAGGAAUCCUACAGUGAGGCGUUCUUUGUGUUUUGAUCAGCAGAUGAUGACACCAGAUCCAUCAACAGGUUUCUUUUGUUCAUCCACAUCACCAAACAACAAGACUUCAAACUCAGAAAACCAAAGAAUGCUAAUGAAGGAAAAGGAUUUCAUUUUUCAGGAGAAAAAACCUGCAAGGAGAAACAGGUUGCAGGUUUUUCAGGAUAUUACACUUAACCCAGGAACCCCAUGAGCUAUGAUCUACGCAUGACACAGGCUACAGGACAUAUGACAAUAUAUAUAGUGCUGAUAAAUCUUUUUUUUUCCCCCUCUAAAACAUUUCAUAGCCCAUGAACUUGAAUUCAUUCAUUUGUAUGAUAAAAGGAGUAUGUUAUUACAAUACAUAAUGAGCACACGGUAAAGUAUUCUGUUGAUGGAUUUGGCUCAUUCAUUCUCUUGUACUUACUUAUGAUGUUAUAUUGUAUCAGUUGAUAAUAAAUUCAUGUUCAUACAUCUCUAUUCUUUUGAAGAUUAUGCUUCAGUUCAAAAAAUUU